AUUCCGCUCCGCUUGAACAUAAUGUUUUGGGGCCAGGAAUUUUGUUUCGUACUUUUCGUUUGCCUUUUUCUGGCAGUCGCCUCAUCAAAUGAAGGUGUUGAUAUACGUGGAAAAGUCUACAUGACAGGUAUGGAGUUGCCUUGGUUUGGAGAUCUGGCUAAUAAAACAAGUGAUCUUUACAAGGGGCUGGAAGAACAUUUAUGUUAUACGGGGCUAAGUGAAAAGUUCUUCAGCACAUGUGACAAAUACAUACGAAGGAAGUCACACAUAGUCCGUCGACUCGAGGAAGGCCAAGUACAGUUAGAAUCGUCGGAAUUCUUGGAUAAUCUAAAGAAGUUGUUGGAAGCGUAUAAAAAGCACGCUGAGCCAAACGUAGCCUACUACGGCGAAGUGAUCUACGUUAGAGCUGUUGCUAAGCAAGCUACUCAGAGCGUCAGGAUUUUGUCAUUCCUCUUGCUGGCGCUACCAUGCGACUUGAAGGAAGCACGGGGGCUGGGGUACCGUCAGAUUGUUCAAGCCUUGACUGGAGUAGUUGAGAUCGCACCCUCCGGUCUGUAG